UUCUUUUCUUUUUUUAAUCUCUCUAACUAUGUUUCUUGUUCUUGUCAUCCUUUCAUCUUCUGAUGCUGAAAUGGACAAAUGGGUGUCUUUGGAAAUGCAGAUCCUAAUGGACCAAUGAUCUACAAGGGAAUUUACCAUCUGUUCUACCAAUACAAUCCCAAAGGAGCGGUGUGGGGCAACAUUGUCUGGGCCCACUCAACAUCAACGGAUUUGGUGAACUGGACACCGCAUAUUCCUGCCAUCUACCCAUCACAACCGUCGGACAUCAACGGUUGCUGGUCGGGUUCCACCACAAUCCUCCCCACCGGCGAACCGGUCAUUCUCUACACCGGAAUCAACCAACAGAGCCAGCAAGUCCAAAACUUGGCCGUGCCCAAGAACCUCUCCGACCCAUACCUCAGGGAAUGGAGCAAGUCACCCAAAAAUCCGCUAAUGGCGCCCACGGUGUCUAACCAAAUCAAUGCAAGCUCGUUUAGAGACCCGACCACCGCUUGGUUAGGCCCUGACCGGAGAUGGAGAGUGAUCGUCGGAAGCAAAAGGGACCGCCAGGGAUUAGCUAUUCUAUACCGGAGCAAAGACUUCGUUCACUGGAUCAAAGCCCAGCAACCACUUCACUCGGCAAAGGACACCGGAAUGUGGGAGUGCCCCGAUUUCUUCCCGGUUCCGAUUAAUGCCAAAUUUGGUGUUGACACGUCAGUUGCCGGUCGGCAUGUUAAACACGUGCUUAAGGUGAGCUUGGAUGACACUAAACACGAAUACUACACGGUCGGAACUUACAAACUGGACAAGGAUAUCUAUAUUCCCGACAAGGGACAGGUGGACAGCGAUUCCGGCUUGAGAUACGACUAUGGGAAAUUCUAUGCUUCAAAAACUUUCUUCGACAGUUCGAAGAAGAGAAGAAUCUUGUGGGGUUGGAUUAACGAGUCCUCCAGUGUCGAUGAUGAUAUCAAGAAGGGAUGGUCUGGAGUUCAGGCAAUUCCAAGGACUGUUUGGCUGGAUGAAUCCGGGAAACAAUUAGUGCAAUGGCCCGUGACAGAGAUUGAAAGGCUGCGUGAAAACCAAGUACACUUGACUAAGCAAGUGCUGAAGGGAGGAUCAGCCCUUGAAGUUUCUGGUGUCACAUCAGCGCAGGCUGACGUAGAGAUUUCAUUCGGAAUAAGUGAUCAGUUGGAGAAAGCAGAAAAGCUGGACCCAAGUUGGAGCAAUCCACAAGCACUUUGUAGCGAAAAGGGUGCGUCGGUCAAGGGGCGGCUUGGACCAUUUGGGCUGCUGGUUCUGGGUUCAAAGGGGCUGCAAGAGCAGACGGCAGUGUUCUUUAGAAUCUUCAAAGGGCGAGACAAAUAUGUGGUGCUAAUGUGCAGUGAUCAAAGCAGGUCUUCUUUAAAUCCUGAUAAUGAUAAGACCACCUAUGGGGCUUUUCUGGAUGUCGACCCUGCUCGUGAGAAGCUGUCACUUAGAAGCUUGAUCGAUCAUUCUAUUGUGGAGAGCUUUGGUGGAGAAGGAAAGGCUUGCAUAACAGCUAGAGUUUAUCCCACAUUGGCAAUUCAUGAUGAAGCCCACUUGCAUGUUUUCAACAAUGGCACUCAGAGUGUUCAAAUCACAAAAUUUAGUGCUUGGAGCAUGAAGAAAGCCCUAAUCAGUUGAGAGUUGAAACUCAAAAACGCAGUGGAAACUGUGGAUGGGACUUCCAUUUUUCUCUCCAGAAAUAAAUGUCUUUUUUCUUUUUCAGUUUUUUUUUUGGCUUACCCCAAUAAUGGUUUCCUUUUUGUCUAGCCUCCACCAUGUGUUGCAACUUGCAAAAGGUUUAUAAAGCAAUUGAGUCGAAAGUUCUUGAUUAUUAACUUUGUUCUCUAGACACUGUGGAAACAGAAGUGAUGGAAAGAGUGGUAAAUUGAAGGGGAUAUGAAACUCUCCACAAGAAGAAUUAUGGUGUUAUGAUAAUACGAUAAGUGGGACAUGGCAGGUCGAUAAUUAUCUAUUUCAGUUAAGAGUUUUGAGUCUGUAGCACUACGGUGCAGUGUUUUUGUAAGUCUUUAUUGCCUUGGAUUAUUGGAAGUAGGAGUUUACAGUUUAUCUUCCUGUCAUUGAUUGUAGGGGUGGAGUUCAUCUCCAAGUCAAAAGUCUUUGUAUUUCUCUUAUUUAUAGUUGUAAGUGAUUAAUAAAACAAAGCAUAAUUAAUGGCAAA